CUUUGAGAGCACAUCUUACGUGCAUCAACAAGCUAGCGCAACGUGACCUUCAAGUAUAGCACCGACCAGCAGAAACCCAGACUGAUCACCAACGUCAAUACGGACCUGAACAGAGCCUCGUCACCCCUUUCAAGGUCAGCGAACAGCUAGGCAGCUGUUUGGCCACCUCGCCAAACUGUAAAUGGAUCGCAAGAGUCAGUCUCCUGGCCUCGGCCCUCGUCAUGAUACCUCGUCAAGAGUGCAGAAGCCCGACUCUGCUGCAGACAGGAUGGCUGCACUGAAAGCGCGUGUUGCUGCAGCUAUUGGUACGAGUAAAGCAAAGGGUGGCUUAAACGUUGGACUUCACCCUGCCUUGGAAGACUUGGGAUCACAUAAACCAUCAAACAAAUCGAAGGAAUCAACGCCAGCACCCUCAGGCGCAAGAUCAGAUAAGCCUCGGUCGCAAGAUGCGUUGAGAUCAGCUUCUGUCAACAGGGAAAGCGGAGAAAACCCGUAUUUCGAUCAAAGUUCCUCAGCACAACCAGGUGGAGGAAAAGCGCGCCAGUCUCGAUCACUCGUGUUUAAUCAGAAAGGAAAAUACAUCGCCCAAGCCAAUGCUUUACGUCGACAGGCCGCCCUGGAGGCGAUGAAGAAACGAAUCGCAGAGCAAACUCGAAAGGCUGGCAUCGAUGACGACCUAGACGUGGAAAGAAAAUUUGUAGUAGAAGCACCCCCUGAAAUCGAGUGGUGGGAUGAAGGACUUGUCGAAGGCGGGAGCUACGAUGUGCUCGAUGAUCCCUCCAAGCUCAAAUUCACGACACCCGAUACUAUUAUUACCGAAUACAUACAGCACCCUGUUGCUCUUGAGCCGCCUCAAGAUGGACAUGUUCCAGCUGCUAAGCCAAUGUUCCUAGUAAAGAAGGAACGGCAAAAGCUACGACGACAACGCAGAAUGGCUGAGCUGAAGGAGACGCAAGCCAAGAUUCGCCUGGGACUGGUGCCAGCACCUCCUCCCAAGGUCAAGAAGGGCAACCUGAUGCGAGUCCUCGGUGACGUCGCUGUGAAGGAUCCUACCGCCGUCGAAGCACGUGUAAAUCGUGAAAUUGCCGAACGCCACCAAAAGCACGUCGAAUCAAAUGAGGAACGGAAGCUCACCAAGGAUGAAAAACACGAAAAAUUGGCAGCAAACCAACAAAAAGACGCCGAAAAGGGAAUUCACAUGCUCGUUUUCAAAAUCGGGAGCCUGGCGAACGGACAACAUCGGUACAAGAUCGGCAUCAACGCUGAUCAACUGGCCCUCACAGGUACAUGCAUCAUGCACCCCAAGUUCAACCUGGUUAUCGUUGAGGGAGGCGAAUGGGGUAUCAAGAAGUUCAAGAAGCUCAUGCUUAACCGAAUCGACUGGACCGAGAAUUCGCCGUCAAGAGACCGAGACGGAAAGCAAGGCGCAACACGCGACUGGCUUCUCGCUGAAAAGGACACCGGCGAGCUCAAGGAUAUGUCAACGAACGAAUGCAAGCUCAUCUUUGAAGGUGAAGAGAAGGCUCGGGCAUUCAGGAAGUGGGGCAGUAAGGUCUGCGAGACAGACUCGGAAGCGAGAGAUGCCCUGGCUCGAACAAAGAUGGAUAACUUCUGGCAACUCGCUAAAGGUUUCGCUUAAAGCAAAUCAUACUGUAUAAUUAAGACCAGGGGAAGGACAAACCCAUGUGGCUGCGCUUAACAUACUAGGCGGCAAACAUCUGAUACGCUUCGAGCCGACAACCGUUGCAGGACAGAAGCCCCGUCGCGAUUGUGUUCCAUGUUGUCUAAAUAUCAACGGCAGAUAUCAUGAUCUUCCCCUCCAUGUUGGCGCUUCUCGGCGGAGACGGAAGCCUUUGCCGGUUUCAAGAACCAACCUGCGUCCUGUUUGCCAACUGAGGCAGGGCCAUAAUAAUCGGACCAUGUUGUUUGCAAAAAACGGAACGUCGAUCAGGCUUCACUUACUCUGAUGGGAAGAGGCAAAA